AUGACAUCCUUAUCUUUCGGACAGUUGCCUUCCAGCCCCUAGAUCUGGCUUCCCAUGAUCUAGGCACUCUAUUUAUUUUCUUAGCUAGGAAUUUCCAGAGCCCCAGCUGGGGUGCCCUUUGCCUUCCCCAGCAGCUGGCUUCGAUUUAAUGAGCUUGCUGCCUUGAGUGGCCAAGGAAGGGCUUCCCUCGCUGGAAGGACUGACGGUUUUUCCUGUAAAAGCCAUCCGAGCUGCAGCGUCAGAAGACUUGCCCCACUGCCAGCAUGAGUUCUGAAUAUGAUGCCGGAAGCUCUAAAGCUGUUCUGAAUGGCUUGGCACCCGGCAGCCAUGGGCAAGACAAAGACAUGGACCCUACGAAAAUCUGCACUGGAAAAGGAACAGUGACUCUUCGGGCCUCGCCUUCCUACAGGGAAACCCCAAGCAGCAGCCCUGUGAGCCCUCAGGACUCUCCGAAGCAUGAGAGCAAGUCAGGCCUGGAGCCAGAGGACCCUCCAGCAGAGGAGUGGAGACUUUCAUCCAGUGCUGAUGCCAAUGGCAACGCCCAGCCCUCCCCACUUGCUGCCAAGGGCUAUAGAAGCGUGCAUCCCAGCCUUUCUACUGACAAGCCCCAGGAUGGCAGUCCUUUAUUAAAUGAAGUUUCUUCUUCCCAUAUUGAAACUGAUUCCCAAGCCUUCCUUCCAGCAAGCAAACCGUCAUCUGCCUACCCCUCCACCACAAUCGUCAACCCCACCAUUGUGCUCUUGCAGCACAAUCGAGAACAGCAAAAACGACUCAGUAGUCUUUCAGAUCCUGCCUCAGAGAGAAGAGUGGGUGAGCAGGACUCAGUGCCAACCCCAGGAGAACUCACCUCGCCCAGCAGGGCCACAGAAAGGAGAGCAAAAGAUGACAGCAGCAGGCGGGUGGUGAAGAGUACACAGGACUUAAGCAAUGUGUCUAUGGAUGAAGUGGGCAUCCCUCUCCGGAAUACCGAGAGAUCGAAAGACUGGUACAAAACCAUGUUUAAACAGAUCCACAAGCUGAACAGAGAUGAUGAUUCUGACCUGCACUCUCCUCGAUAUUCCUUUUCUGAAGACACAAAGUCUCCCCUUUCUGUGCCUCGCUCAAAAAGUGAGAUGAACUAUAUUGACGGGGAGAAAGUCGUAAAGAGGUCAGCCACACUGCCCCUCCCAGCCCGCUCGUCUUCACUGAAGUCCAGCCCAGAGAGAAACGACUGGGAGCCCCCAGAUAAGAAAGUGGAUACAAGAAAAUACCGAGCAGAGCCCAAAAGCAUUUACGAGUAUCAGCCGGGCAAGUCUUCUGUUCUGACCAAUGAGAAGAUGAGUCGGGAUAUAAGCCCAGAAGAGAUAGAUUUAAAGAAUGAACCUUGGUAUAAAUUCUUUUCGGAAUUGGAGUUUGGGAAACCGCCUCCUAAAAAGAUAUGGGACUAUACUCCUGGAGACUGCUCUAUCCUUCCUAGAGAGGAUAGAAAGACUAAUCUAGAAAAAGAUCUCAACUUCUGCCAAGCAGAGUUAGAGGCAGAUUUAGAGAAAGUGGAGACGGUUAAUAAGUCACCCAGUGCAAACUCGCCACAGAGCUCAGCAGUCAGCCCGACUCCAGACAUUACCUCAGAGCCUCCUGGAUAUAUAUAUUCUUCCAACUUCCAUGCAGUGAAGAGAGAACCAGAUGGGACCCCCGGGGUUCUCGCUAGCUUGGAGAACGAGAGGCAGAUUUAUAAAAGUGUCUUGGAAGGUGGCGACAUCCCUCUUCAGGGCCUGAGCGGGCUCAAGCGACCCUCCAGCUCAGCUUCCACUAAAGUGGAUCGUAAAGGCGGGAAUGCUCACAUGAUUUCUUCAUCAUCAGUCCAUAGCCGAACGUUUCACACUAGCAAUGCCUUAGGCCCUGGGUGUAAGCCCAAGAAACCCCUGUCGGCUGCGAAAGCCUGCAUUUCGGAGAUCCUUCCUUCUAAAUUCAAACCCAGGCUCUCUGCUCCCAGCGCUCUCUUGCAGGAACAGAAGAGUGUCCUGUUGCCGUCAGAGAAGGCUCAGAGCUGUGAGAACCUUUGCGUUUCUUUGAAUGAUCCCAAAAGAGGCCUCCCACUCCGGGUUGGGGGGAGCAUCGAGAACCUGCUGAUGCGCUCGCGGCGGGAUUAUGACAGCAGGUCCAGUAGCACCAUGAGCCUGCAGGAGUACGGCACCAGCGCCAGGAGGCCCUGCCCUCUUUCCAGAAAGGCCGGACUGCACUUCUCCAUGUUCUACCGGGACAUGCACCAGAUCAACCGAGCUGGCCUCUCCUUAGGCUCCAUCUCCUCCUCAAGUGUGCGGGAUCUUGCCUCCCACUUUGAAAGGAGCAGCCUGGCAUUAGCCAGGGGUGAGCUGGGUGCUAGCCAAGAAGGCUCAGAGCAUAUCCCCAAACACACUGUGUCUUCCCGUAUCACGGCCUUUGAGCAGCUCAUUCAGCGGUCCCGGUCCAUGCCAUCCCUGGACUUCUCUGGCAGGCUGAGCAAGUCCCCCACACCCGUGCUGUCUAGAAGCGGCCUGACUUCAGCUCGUUCAGCCGAGUCCCUCCUCGAGUCUACCAAGCUCCGUCCCAGAGAGAUGGAUGGGAUGAACUCUGGAGGAGUCUAUGCAUCCCCCACGUGUAGCAAUAUGGUGGACCAUGCCUUGAGCUUCAGGAGCCUUGAGCCUUCUGAGCCCCUUUCUGUCUGUUCAGAUGAGCUAGACCACUGUUCCAAUGUUUCUAAUGACAGCAGGGAGGGCAGCGGGGGCAGUGUCCAUGGAGACUUCCCCAAGCAUCGCCUCAACAAGUGCAAGGGCACCUGCCCAGCCUCGUACACCCGCUUCACCACGAUCCGGAAGCACGAGCAGCAGCAGUCCUCCAGGCAGCCAGACUGGCGCUCCGAUUCCAGGGGCGACAGGAACAGUCUCCUCAGAAACAUCUACCUGAUGAGCCCCCUUCCUUUUCGGUUGAAAAAGCCCCUCCAACACCACCCCAGACAGCCUCCCCCCAAUGACUCCUCAGGACCCCCUGCCAGCCAGAAGGCAGAUAUCCCCAGUCAGGGCCCUCAGGACCAGCCCCACUCUGAGGGGAAACCCAUGGUCCCCACCCGCCUGUCUUCCCGACACACCAUGGCAAGGCUUAGCCACAACUCAGAGCCCUCUCUGGACAGAUCCGCAGGCCUGGAGGAUUGCACAGGGGCUGUUAAUAACGGGAACCCUGUGCUCUACUCAGACCAUGGCUUGGACAGAAACAACAAUCCACAAAGGGAACUGGCAGCGGCCCAUGGAGAUUCAGAGUCACCAAGACAUUUUAUACCAGCUGAUUACUUGGAGUCCGCAGAAGAAUUUAUCCGGAGACGGCAUGAUGAUAAAGAGAAACUUUUAGCGGACCAGAGACGACUUAAGCGCGAGCAAGAAGAGGCCGAUAUCGCAGCUCGACGCCACACGGGUGUCAUCCCAACGCACCAUCAGUUUAUCACUAAUGAGCGCUUUGGGGAUCUCCUCAAUAUAGAUGAUACCGCCAAAAGGAAAUCUGGGUUAGAGAUGAGACCUGCCCGCGCCAAGUUUGACUUUAAAGCACAGACACUGAAGGAGUUGCCUCUGCAGAAGGGAGACAUUGUUUACAUCUACAAACAGAUUGAUCAGAACUGGUACGAAGGUGAACACCAUGGCCGGGUGGGAAUCUUCCCACGCACCUACAUCGAGCUUCUUCCUCCAGCUGAGAAGGCUCAGCCCAGGAAGUUGGCGCCUGUGCAGGUUUUGGAAUAUGGAGAAGCAAUUGCUAAGUUUAAUUUUAAUGGUGAUACACAAGUAGAAAUGUCCUUCCGAAAGGGUGAGAGGAUUACACUGCUCCGACAGGUGGAUGAGAACUGGUACGAAGGGAGGAUUCCUGGGACGUCCCGCCAAGGCAUCUUCCCCAUCACCUAUGUGGAUGUGCUUAAGAGGCCAUUGGUGAAAAACCCGGUGGAUUACAUCGACCUGCCUUAUUCUUCCUCCCCAAGCCGCAGUGCCACUGCGAGCCCUCAGUGUACUAGUCACAGCAAGCUCAUCAUGCCAGCCCCUUCAUCAUUACCCCACUCCCGCCGGGCCCUGUCCCCUGAGAUGCACGCCAUCACCUCUGAGUGGAUCUCACUGACUGUUGGGGUCCCGGGCAGGCGUUCUCUGGCCAUGACACCACCCUUGCCUCCUCUGCCUGAGGCUUCUGUGUAUGACACGGACCACUUGGCCUUGUCAGCAAGGGCCCAUCCCUCCUUGCCACUCAGCCUCCCCUAUUCAAGUCUGUCAGAUCACUCCACAUUGCGCUCAGUGGUUUCCCCACUGGCCCUGCCUCCACCCCACAGAGCCUCCUCCCUGGCACCCAGUACCCAGGUUCCUCUUCACGUCAAUGGAGAUGGUGGUAUUCACAUCCACCAAGAUGGCUUCUCUCAGCCACCACUUGGAAACUCUGAUAGGGUCAUCUCAGAGCUUAGUGAUGCCAUUAGCAGCCAGAGCAAGAGACAGCCCUGGCGAGAAGAUGGACCUUAUGAGAGGAAAGCAGAGAGCGAGGCAGGUGAGAGAUGCCCUGGUGGACCCAAGAUCUCUAAGAAGAGCUGCUUGAAACCUUCAGACGUGGUCAGGUGCCUGAGUUCUGAGCAGAGACUGUCAGAGUUCCACACUCCUGGUAACAGCCAGUCCUUCAAGCCUCUGGGUAGCCCUAUCCCAGCAUGGGAGGCUGGGCCACCAGAGCUUCACAGAGGUGUCGAGGCUGACAGGAAGGCUGCUCAGAGUGGUGUAAGCCAGCAACCUCAAGCCCAGCAGCGGAGAGUCACCCCAGACAGGAGUCAGCCCUCACAGGAUUUAUUCUGCUACCAAGCACUGUAUAGCUAUGUGCCGCAGAACGAUGAUGAGUUAGAACUCCGAGAUGGAGAUAUUGUUGACGUCAUGGAAAAAUGUGACGACGGAUGGUUUGUUGGCACUUCAAGAAGGACGAGGCAGUUUGGUACUUUUCCGGGCAACUAUGUAAAACCUUUAUAUCUGUAAGAAGACUGAAAAAAUCACAGAGAUUAUUUUUCUCAGAGGACGAAG